GAAGAAGAUACUAGACGUCCAAUAAGAAUGUCAAAAGGUGGAUAUGGUGCUUAUAACGCAUAUAUUAGUGCUACUACUCGUUAUGCUGUUCUAGGUGCUCCGACAUUGUAUGACCAUCCAAGUGUUUUUGGAAGAGGCAUAUAUGAAAUUCCUCGUGGGAUGGGCAAAAAGAUCUUUGUUGGAAGACUUCCUCAGGAGGCAAGUGCUGAUGAUCUGCGCCAAUACUUCGGGAAAUUUGGCCGUAUUGUGGAUGCUUAUGUUCCGAAGGAUCCAAAAAAAACUGGUCAUAGAGGCUUUGGUUUUGUAACGUUUGCUGAUGAUAUUGUGGCAGACCGUGUUGCACGAAGAACUCAUGAAAUCCUUGGGCAUGAGGUUGCAAUUGACUCUGCAACACCAGUUGACGAUGCUGGCGGUAGUGGUGGUUUUAUUGAUCCUUCUGUUGCCUAUGGUGGCUAUGGCCAUAUGCGUUCCUCUAACAUGCUUUACGAAAAUUUAGCUUUUGAUGAUUAUGGCUACGGAGCUAGUGGCAGCAGAAGGUCUUCAAGAAUGGAUUGGAGGUACAGGCCAUACUGAGGAGUCAUUUGCAUCCUCCUUGCUUUCCUAAAUUUGAUUUCAGAUCUCGUAAGCAUUUUUUUUAAUGAAUGGCGUGAUAUUGUUAGACACGCAAGGAGAUUUAAUGCUGGAUUUGGGUUACACUUAAGUUUUUUUUGUUAAGUAUUAAGUUUGCUAUUCCUUAGUCUUCUCUCUGCAUUUACUUGCAUGCUUAGUAUAUGAACGGAUUGUGUGAUUGUUGGACUGCUAUUUCCAAGCAUGUCGAAUUAAAUGUUAUGAGGAUCUUCUAAUAUUUUAUUUCCCCGCAGAACUGAAGAAAUUGUUUUUCUGAUUGUAACGAGCUUCUCGUUGGAAACAAACAUAAAAAGGGUAUGCUUAAAUGCAAGACGAAGUAUUUGUUAAAAACAUUUUGCGCUGGUCAUCUGCAUGGGAUAGGGAAUGAUUUAAUUGCUUUUUCCGUUGAUUGGAUGGCGAUUUGGCCAAAUAACUAUGUUAAAGU